CAACAAGGUUAAGAACCAUCGCCCUUGGCUGGAUCAUCAACAUGGAAACGGAGGUCGAAUUUCUUCGUGAUCAAGUCCGCAGGCUAAAUUCAUCUCUCAGCCAGUAUCAGCGUGAGGAGCAUGCACGCACCAAACCAUCUCAGAGAUACGAGGAAAAGAAGGCCCCUGGAGAUGCUCCCUGGCUCUCUGAUAGGAGUAUAAUGGCUCCAUUGAUAGCCGAGUAUGAUCAGCACAUUGAUGAAAUGUCUCAAAAGCUGCAGAAAUAUCAGGUGUCAAUGACAGAUGUCAAAGAAAGGUUGGCGACUGUUGUCCAGGAAAAUGAAAGGCUGCAUGCAGAACUCAGGGAAUCAGUUGAGAAGCAGCUUCAAUCACCCUCAAAGAUUUCUGGAGUGGAGAUAAGCACAGUGGAGAAGGAAGCAGUCGUUGAAAACCUCCAAGAACAAAUCAAGCUUUCGGAACAGGAGCGGAUGCAGGCCAUGGAGUUGUGGCAGACAGCAGCACUUGAGCUUGAUCGCCUUCAGGAGUUCUACCAGAAGAGUCUCACUGAUAAGCAGAGCACUAAUGCUAAAGAACAGCAACUCAAGGAUCAAAUCGUAGUUACCCACCAGCACACGCAGCAACUCCAAGUGUCCAAUCAAGAACUACAAUUGACCAAUCAGCAGCUACUAAAAACAGUGACAGAGCAGAGUACAGAGAUGGAGGGGCUACGGAGCCAGCUCAGAAUAACCAAAAGUGAUUUGGGGACGGCCACAACCAAAGUGGAAGAAAUGAACAAGCAGCUCCAGUUAGUUCAGCACCUGCUAAAGAGACAGGAGGAAGAGCUUGCCGAGGCUCGCAGCCGAGAGGAAGCGGCAGAGAGACAAAUUCAACAGCUUCAGUUAACCAUCAGUCAGAAGGAGACAAGGCUCAAAACAACAUCGCAGGAGGCAGAUGAUGUUCGAGGAGAACAAACUAUGUGGGAGCAAAUGUCAGGGAACUUUAAGGCCCGAUGCGCUACCUUAGAACAGGAGAAGUAUGAUGCUCUGGACAAAGUUCGAGAGAGUGUGCAGAUGGCUGAGGAGGCGGUGCUGCAGAAGAAUGAGGCUCUGUUAAGAGAGAAACAGAUGAUGGAGGAACUUGAGAAGACAAAGACGGUCAUUCCCCAGCUGAUUGAGGAUGCUGCAGUGCGCACCAGAAAAGAGGUAGAUAAUAUACGCAAGCAGUGCAAUGUUGAGCUCCGUCGUAUGGCUGAGGAGCUGUCAUUAUUCCAACUGGAGUGUGCAGAAAAAGAAUCUCAGAAUGAGAGGUCAAAGCGAGAGAAAAAAGCUUUAGAGGAAGAACUUGCAAAGGUAGUUAAGGAGGGUCGGGCAGAACCAGAGCUUGGGAAAUUUGAUGUCCUUCACCAGAGAUGUCUCACUGCAGAGAGGAUGAAAGAUGAAAUAAGCAUUACUUUACAAAGUACACAAAGCAAAUUAAAGAAGAUAGAAUUGGGCUACAACGAAGAAUUGUCCCGUAGUCAGGAAGAAGUUCAGCGACUAAAGGGCUCUUUGGCUGCAGCAAGAGAGGACUGUGUCAAAAUCAGUGACGAGCGACUCCAGCUGCAGCAGGAGAACUUUCAAAUACGCAGAGAGAUGGAUGAACUGCGUAAGGCCUCCUUGCUUGUCCAAAAGAAGGCCAAACAACAGGUGUCACAGAUGGAGCAAGAGUACAGCCUAAAAGAAAAGUCUCUUAGUGCACAGAUGAGUGACUUGGAGGAGAGCAGUCGCAACUCAAGUGCUGAUCUAAUGCGUCUUCUAACUGCACAAAACAAAAGUAUUCAGCGCUGGAAAGACGAGGGAAAGAACAUGGCCCAAGCCUUUGAAAUAAAAAUGAAAAAUCUCAAGGCAGAGCUGAAUCAACAUAAGCAGCGGUCACACGAGCUCGAGCUCCAGCUGGCUAAUAACCUAAAAAUUAUUGAAGAGUAUGGGAGACAGCUAGCAGAGUCUCAAGAGAAGUCCACUCGCCUUCAAAGACGACUAACUGAUGUUGAGCAACGUGCAACUACUGCUUCACAACAGAUUUCCCUUAUGGCAUCCAAGCAAAGGAAAACUUACUUUUGUGAGCCAAAGCAUGAAUGAAGGCAUUUUUCACAGAUCUAUUGGAACUGUGAUAGCUGUCAUUUUGUAACAUAUUGUUGAUUUGAUUUUGAGUUGUAAAGGUGCUUCAGGAAUGUUGGCAAUCCUCUAGUCCUCUGUUACUGGAACAUUUUCAGCAUUUCGAUAUUUUUAUUUGUGUGCAACUGUGUAUUGAUAUUUUGUAGUUUUUUUCCCCCAGUAAUGUUUCUAAUAAACAGUAAACGC